CACGUUGUGCACUGUCCCGCUGGACCCAGUGGGACCAGGUUAACACCAAGAGAUGUCGACUCCCCCUCUCUCGGGGGCAGGCAUGCCACCUGGUGCUUUCUCAGGGACACAGGCUCAAGCAGCCCGGGAGGUAAAUACAGCUUCUCUCUGUCGAAUUGGCCAAGAAACUGUGCAGGACAUUGUAUUUCGAACUAUGGAAAUCUUCCAGUUACUGAGGAACAUGCAGUUACCAAAUGGUGUUACUUAUCAUACUGGAACAUACCAAGACAGACUGGGAAAGCUGCAAGAACAUCUCCGUCAGCUAUCGAUACUCUUCAGAAAACUGAGAUUAGUCUAUGACAAAUGCAAUGAAAACUGUGCUGGGCUCGAUCCUGUUCCCAUAGAACAACUUAUUCCAUAUGUUGAAGAGGAUGGCUCCAAGCACGAUGAUCGGGGUGCUGCAAGUCAGCUUCGUUUUGCUAGUGAGGAGAGAAGGGAAAUUAUGGAAGUAAAUAAGAAACUGAAGCAGAAGAAUCAGCAGCUGAAGCAGAUCAUGGAUCAGUUACGGAAUCUUAUUUGGGACAUAAACGCCAUGUUGGCGAUGCGGAACUGAGCAAGGAGAAUCAAACUUUGCCGUUGGAAAGGAUUCAUUUGGACAUAUUUAACUGCUUCCUAAGGAGAACAUGUUGUCCCACAACCAUAUUGCAGUAAUGUUUGCAAAGUCUGGGAGAUUAAAAUGCUGAGGUUUUGUAGUAACUGAAAUGGUGUUGGUGGGGUUUUUUUUUUAUGAAAGAUUCAUCCUACAGGUUCUGCUUGAGUGAUUCACUGAGGCUGAAUAUAACACAGCCUGGGUAACUUACAGUGAUAAUUUGGAGUGCUAUGCAAAUAAGGAGUUUUUAUAAACUAUUUCUGCCUUUCUUUUUUGAAUAAUACAAUUGAGAGUGUUUUAACUACAAGUGUUUGCCUGGUGUUCUGCACUGCAAACCACCUCUACAGACAGGAGAGGCUGCAAUAGAGAAAAAUCACUCUACUGAGCUACAGGUCUGAAAUAAAUGGUCAGACAAAAUGAUGCCUUGUGUUUCCCCACUGUGGGAACAUAUACUGCAGGCUGCUGUGCCAUGCAAGUUCAUCUUUGUCCAUAUCAUGUCACUGUAUGUAUGUCAUAUUAGAUAAUUAGCCAGAUGCAGAAGCUACAUAAAAUUACCCCUAUAUCCUUAUGGAUAUAGUGAAA